AUUCAACAGACACUGGACUGGAAUGGCCACAAUACAUCUAAAUGCUGAUUAAAUGAUUUUUUUUCUGCGCUUAUAUAUUUUUCCAUUUGUCCAUGAGUUUAUCAUUUUUGUUCAUUUUUUGUUUUUUCACACUAGGUUUACUAGUUUACAGCUAUGAGUCCAUUGAAUAACAGCAGUCCGCUCACGACUCAUGUAUUAAACACUGGGGAUGGGCUCCCUGCUGUCCGAAUGCCCAUCAGUCUGCACCGCUUGGACCCUCACAUGACCCUCUGGAACCUCAUCACUGUUGGCACCACAAAUGAAGAUGGACGCUGUCCAGGAUUAAUAACCAGUGAUGGCUUCACUCCAGGAACCUACAAGAUGAGGUUUGAGACGGGCCAGUACUGGGAGAGUUUGGGACAGGGCAGUUUUUAUCCAUAUGUUGAGAUAGUCUUCACUAUUACUGAUGCUGAGCAGAAGUUACAUCUGCCACUGCUCCUCAGCAGAUACUCAUACAACACCUACAGAGGGAGCUAGAGAACACAACAUAACUCCACGCCUUCCAUAAACAGCGUUCACUUUCACAGAGACCUCAAAAACUCCUGUUUUUC